UGGUGGAUUGCAGCAGUACAGCAAUUUUGUUCUCUCAGUAGGUAAAGCUGAUUGAUUUGCUGUUGGGCUUUGCUUGUUCUGACUCCGUAUCCCGUCUCAUUCUGGGACAGUAGUAGUACAGGAAGUACAGGACAGGAAAGCUCUUUUAGUUUGUUUUUUUUUUUUCAAACCAUGCAUGGGACUGGUCCAGUGUACCGCAAGCCGAAGUACUACCGCCCUUUAAAGUAUCACAGCUACAGCUCGAGGUAUAAAACAAGUUGGCUCUGUUCUCGCCCAGAGUGGAGAAGAGCAGUGUGUUAUUAAUGGAGUCAGAUACAAAGUGUGUCCUGCCUGCGCGGUGUGUCUCAUGGUGUCGGCGCGAAUGCUGAAACAGCUGGAUACGGAACAUCAUGUCCCGACACGAGUGACAGGGUAUUCGCCUGAAUUCUCCGCAUUAUCCGAGGGGGAAAGCGCUAUUGGGCAAAACACACACACACAAUAUUCCUUCCUACUGAUGAUGUAAAAACUCAGGGCUUGCACGGUCACAGACCAGGAGGCACGAACUGUAAGUACGAACCUGUCUCUUUGCACAUUUCUCGGAUUACCCAGACCGCGAUCCCUGUGAGAGGCCACUGUCAGUUCGUGCCGUUUCUUUUUUUUAAAGAGGAAACGAAGAGUGUGUUCUCGGCAAUUUGGAGUUGAUCGUUACGGAAGCCGUCUUUUAAAAAAAAAAGUGAGAGAGAAGAAGGGGAAGCUACUUCUCGCCUCGCCGUUUCUCAGGGGUGGUUCUGACAUCGAGAGACGCUUCGAUGUGUCCUGCAGACGGCUUGUAUCUCAGCUGCUGUUUAAUUUUGCUUCCUGGCCGUGACUGCCUUGCUCUUCUCCGCCUGACAGGAGAAGAGAUCUCGUUUUCCUCCACAGCUGCCCGAGACCGCGGCUGAAGUUGUUUCACAUUUGCAAUCAGUGCUUCUGCGAGGAAAAUCGCAAGACCCGAACUUAACACAGGCGGUAGCUGUACCGGGGGACUGUUUUCGUUUCUGUCUUUUAUUUUUCUCCAGAUUCCGGCACCCACCUCGUAUAAACUGUGUUUUUUUCAUGGCUAAGAGCCCGGGGUGACUGAACCCUUCGUUUUUACUCGGGGGAGGGAAGGGGGUCAUCGGAACUUAUCGAUAGACACUUAUAUUGGCUGAAACUUCCUUGCAUUAUAAACUGUUGGAAACAAACACAUCGCAGGAAUAUGCUGCUGAAGGAGUACAGGAUCUGCAUGCCGCUGACGGUGGAGGAGUACAGAAUCGGACAGCUGUACAUGAUCAGCAAGCACAGCCAUGAGCAGAGCGACCGGGGAGAGGGCGUGGAGGUGGUGCAGAACGAGCCGUACGAAGACCCCGCGCACGGAAAGGGCCAGUUCACGGAGAAGCGCGUUUACCUCAACAGCAAGCUGCCCAGCUGGGCUAGGGCAGUCGUCCCGAAAAUCUUCUAUGUGACUGAAAAAGCAUGGAACUACUACCCCUAUACAAUCACAGAGUACACAUGUUCAUUUCUGCCAAAGUUCUCCAUACAUAUAGAAACGAAGUAUGAGGACAACAAAGGAUGCAAUGACCAUGUUACAGCCCGGCCCAUGCUGCUGGAUCCCCCUGAGAAUGGACCGGGCCAGCGAGGGGGGGUCUGGAGCCCCCGGCCGCCAGCCUCGGGGGUCUUUGACCGCUGCCGGGCGAUGGCUGUGGCUGAGCACCGCAGCACCGCAGAAGGCCGUAAAACCCGUGAUGAGCUGCCCAGCAAAGUGAUGGAGGGAGCUCUUAUCUCGGAAGCCAGCGGAGAGCUCUCGCACCCAGGAUCUGGGACGCCGGGGCUGAAGCCCGCAGACGGAGACAGACGCUACUACAAGGAGUCGGAGGACCUGCGGUACUUCAAGUCGACAAAGACGUCUCGGGGGCUGCUGAAGGAGGGCUGGAGGGACAGCCAGGACCCCAUCAUGUGCUCCUACAAGCUGGUGACGGUCAAGUUCGAGGUGUGGGGCCUGCAGACGCGUGUGGAGCAGUUCGUGCACAAGGUGGUGCGGGACGUCCUGCUUCUGGGGCACCGGCAAGCCUUCGCCUGGGUGGAUGAGUGGAUCGACAUGACAAUGGAUGAAGUGAGAGAAUUUGAGAGAGCGACUCAGGAAGCCACCAACAAGAAGAUCGGGGUCUUCCCUCCCAUGAUCUCCAUCAGCGAGUCCAACCUGCCCCCCUCCACGCGCAGCGCCCCCUCCAGCGCCCCCUCCACCCCCCUGGCCACCGAGGCCCCCGAGUUCCUCUCCGUGCCCAAGGACCGGCCUCGCAAGAAGUCCGCCCCGGAGACGCUCACCCUGCCCGACCCGGCCCGGAAGGAGGCGGCCCUCCGGCGGCCCAAGCUCUCGCCCGCGCCCGCGCCCCGGCCGGCCGCCCCGCCCCCCGAGUAGGGUGGGCCCCCCGAGACAGUGCUCUGCGUCGGCCAGUCCCUGCCGGGGGGGUGCUGCUGUGGGCCGGGUCCCCCGCCCGUGUCCGAGCCCACCCCCCCGCGCUGCUGAGAGAAGGGGCCCACCGGAGCUGUCCUUCGAUUCCUCCAGCCCAGACCAUGGAUGUAAAUAAUCCGCAGAUAGAUAGAACCAGGGCCCUUCUCUCGUCCUGCUGGCACCGGGCAGGGCCCUUUUUAACCCUUUCAGAAACCCCCCACCCCCCCUUUUUUUUUUCUUGUAAUGCCAAACACACUUUAUUUGCUUGCAAAGGCGCCGACUUCAUCGUAGCCGGUUGCAAACAAGCCUGUAUUUUUCUAGGAUAUGGCCAUUCUCCGAAAAAUGAAAUAGCUGAAAAAAUACCCUAAGUGGCUCUGUCUGCUCCCAGCCCUGUCCUUGUACAGUGUACGUACUGUGAAGUCCAAACGAAGGUGCGUGGAUGGACAUGUCUCCUCUCUCUCUGGUGGGUCUGAAACUGAAAGGGGCCCCUGAGGAGGAGCUCCUGUGGCAGCAGGUGGCUUGAGACCUCACCGGUUCAUUCCAUUUCCUGCUCGCUGUCACCUCUCCUGCUGCAGUCUUGGGGCUCUUACAUUGCUGAGCUGUGGGAGUGUUUGCACUGCGUCUCCACGUCUUUGAACACUGGUCUGUUCUGCGAAGAACAUAGGUGUUGUCAGACUGUGUCUGUACCUGGCAUGUGUGUGUGUGUGUGUGUGUGUGUGGGGGGGGGGCAGGGGUUGUUAUUCCUUGACUGAUCAUUCAGGGGUGCACAAGGCUAGAGAAAAAAAAAAUGCAAUCACUAUUUGUCGAGACGUCACUUCUCAGGGCUCUGCUACGCUGCUCUCUGCCUCCUGCACACAGCCGUUUUUUUUUUUAAAAAGCAAGUUCAGGAAGCCUCUCUCAUUUCUCUGUCCUUUGUGUGUUGGAGCGUGUUUUGCGUGUGGGCGCAGUUCCAAAGCAACUGGGAUCUGGCUGCAGAGGAGCAGUGGCAAGUGAAGUCCGUGGGGGCUUGUUAAAACAUUGGCGACACAACAGGCAGAUUGGAUUUGUGUUGUUAGUUAAGGUGCACAUAGUCACAAUGUGUGCAGGCCUGCAUGUCACUUCUACUGUGAAUCUACUGUCACUGUUGUUGCUGCUUUUUGCUUUCAUUCUUUCUUCCCAUUUGUAGAACACUGUAAUACAAUGUAGCUCUUUGCUGUUUACACCUACAGUUAAAUAAGACCCAUUGUUUCCCAUUUGAGAUUUGAUUGGUAUUUUGAGUUUAGUCCAUUAAUGCUAGAACUAUAUAGAUCUUUUAUUUGUACAGUAUUUGCUGAUUGAUUUUCUAUCUUGUUGAUUGAUGACCCUGAAUGUGCUACUAGCUUCUUUUAAAGCGUGUUCAAGCUGUGAAGAUUACCACUGCUAGGUGUUUAGCACUAAUGCCUGAGACAAAAUAUAUCUAAUGUUAGAACCUGGGUCACAUCCCAUGUGGACUAUGGCCUCGGUCCCCCGAGCAACAGCACCACCGUGGGUAGGGUGCAUUCCUGUGCAUUUGCAGGCUUGCAGUUAUGUCAGGGAGAAAUGUGCCAAUCAGAGCGAACUCACCUGUCAGGCAGAGUGGAGCUCCCCACUUGUCAAGGAACAUGAGAAAAGCUGCUAGCGAGAGGAGGCCAUUGGGUUCACCUGGCCCAUGCGGUCCUGGAGGAGCAGCUGGAUGGAAGCGUGGCUCAAAGGAGCAGACCUGCCCCAACGGCCCCCACCCUCAGUAUCCAGUAUCCUGGGGUCCAAAAGAAAAUUUACCAAAUACAGUGUUAAAAGCUGUUCAAAGAAAGGAACCUGCUGGAAUUUAAAAUCCUUUAGUUUGCUGAAAGCAGGAGUGUCAGCAAUUAAUUAGGUGGCGUCGAAGAAUAGGAGAGCUGUGCAGUCUUCAAAGAUGGUGUAACAUGAAGAACCCUGGACCCCGGUCCAGCAGGGGGCGCUGUACCAAUCGGUUGUACCUUUCACAGCAGUUUCACUUGUCUCAGCUGGUCCGUUGAAUGCCAGAAUGCCAGUGGUGGUUGCCAUGCAUAUUCUUUAGAGCCAGACUGGAGGGAUAUGAAAAGAUUUUUCCUAGGAAGAAAAUAAAGCUACAUACAGUAUAUAUCUGAAAAACAAGAAAACAAAGGAGAUAAAUAUGAAGUACAUUUGGACCGAAGCAGCAGAAACAAAAAACACUUCCCGUGCAAUUGAAGAGCUUGAUUGUUAGGAGUGCAUUUUCAAGCAGGAUGCGAUAGCUUUUUCAUAAACGAUCACAAAUACAUACAUGUACUCAUGGAUAUAAGUAUGUGUAUGUGUUGAAGUACACAUAAGUAUUAUUCUUUAUCUUGUGAUUUGCCAUACUACUAAGAAUGUUUGUAAGUGGUGAAUACAGCAGGAUCUUGCGGGGUGUGUAAAAUUAAUUCGAAUGAAGGUAAGAGAAUGCAGGAGGACAGGUGAGGUAGUGUCCAUUGUACAGUAAAGUAGUGAUACGGCUGCCACUGAGCAUGCUCCAGAAACACACAACAAACUGAUCUCAGUGUUUCUGCAUGCCAGACUCUAGCCUCUGAUCUGUAUACCAAAUCUGUGACAUACAUUUCUAUGAACUAUCCUUUAUGGGAUCAUCACUUAUUGUUAACAUAGAGCCAUACAACAAUUACGACACUUAACUUUUGAUUUAUAACUUACGAAAUACAGAAAACUUGAUCUUAUUAAAAAUAAUACAAAAUUAAGAAAACCACCUAAUCUUGGCGAUAGACAUAUCGACAGGUCAAAGAAAUUCCGCACAGAAGCAGCUGGGUUCAUUGUGCCCCUGCCUCCCGUGUCUCAAAUUCACUUUUUUGUUUUUGCUACUCUGUGCAUCAAAGUCAAACUUCUCAUCUUACAAAAUUGAUUUCUGUUUUAUUUUUAAAUGAGAAGGGUGACACAUGCACAGCAAUUAAGGGAAUUGUACAGAGGCCCUCUAAUGCCCCAGUCCAGAACGUUAAGAAAGAUUGCAAACCAGGGGUGCCAUUUGGCCCAGCUGAGUUGGCCUGUUUGGUAAUUAGGUGCAAAUUAAUCCCAGGAUCCCAGAAAUCCUCUGGCCAUUUCUGGAAAGAAGCCAGGGUAUCGGCUUCAACAACAUGGCUGGUCAGCUUCUUCCAGGCUCCCACCACCCUUUCCAUAAGGAAGUGCCUGCUCUCCACUGUGCCCUCUGGCUCGUCUUUCUCUGUUGAUCUGUCGAAGUCUGUUGGGCUGACCUUGUCGAUGCCUUUGAGGAUUUUGCAUGCAGUGCUUAAAUGAGGUCCCCUCAUAGUCUUCUCUGUUCAGCACUGAAAAGGUUCAAUUCUCUCUAGCCCCAGCGGUGUCCAGUCCUGGGACUGGUGACUCACACACCUGUUGACUUCUGUUGGAGCUUCAACCAUUGUAUUUUGUAAGUUUAUGGCCGUGUGGACAUGUACACUGGAAUUGUUACUCGCUCCGAUCUCUCAGGACUCGCACAGUACAGCAGACAACACCACCCAAUUUAGACAGAAUAUUACAAAACGAAAGGGAUAGAAUGAAUGAAUGGAAUGAAGACCAGCAGGUGUGUGGGUCAUCAGAACUGGGAACCCCUGUUUUAGCCCGUCAGUGUAGGACAUCCCCUUAAUCCACUGAAUUCAUCUGGAUGCCCUGCUCUGGCCUGAUUCCAGAGCAGCGGUCUCUUUUUUUUCUAAUGUGGGGACCAGCCUGUGCGGCCUUUUAUCAACCAGACAACGGUUCUGGGUUCCUCACAGGCGACUGGGCACAUGGGGAAACGGAGAGCUUGAAACUGAGGUGCCGAGAUUAAGGACACAACACGACCUGUCUUUACCUCGUGUUGUUCAUUAUGUUUUAAUGACCGAGACUUCCCUGUGUCAGAGUUGUUGUUUUUUUUGUUGUAAUUUAAGAGGCAUGUUUCUCAGAAGUGUGACUUUCCCUGUUGUAGGCAAUUCCAGUGGAGAAAAAAAAUUGAAUGAAAAAUAAAAAAGCCUUUUCUGUUUUAACUUCUUAUUUGUAUGUCAAAUGUUAUUUGGUUGUGUUUGCUUCCUGCUGGGGGGGGGUAACUAUGAUUUGACUGGUUUGUUUACUUAUAGUCAGCACCACUGAUGGUUCAUUUUUGUUGUUAUUGUUUAAUGAAUUGAAUAAAAGGACCAAGCUUUUGCGGGGCUUAUAAAGCCAGGGCAGGCUGUGUUGGUCUCUCCGAGCUCUCUCCUCGUCUGGCUGCUCCCACUCAUUCUUGGCUCUUCUGGUCUUCUUCUGAUUUGUGUUUGUUGUUAUUAUCUCACAUUUUCUUACAUCUUGUAGUAAAUAAAAGUUGAAAUACAGUCGAAA